AGAGGAGCUAGAAAAUACAAGGUAAAUAAUAGCAAACCUCCAGUGUUGAUCCUCGACAACAUAAGUAAGCUGGGCCAGGAAAAUGUGAACAUGUUGAAGGAUUUGCAGGACAUCGCAAAACUCUAUGCUGACCAGAGCAGUUGCAUCAUUGUAUUUGUCAGUAGCGAGGGAACAGCGCCACGCAUGAUGAUGCAACGAUCAUCAUGGUCACGCGCUGAAAAAAAACCCAUUGUCAUCGAAGACCUAACUAGCAAAGAGGCAUUCACCUACCUCCACAGCAAACUUGGCAUUGAGAAAAAGGUCACCAAUCAACUCAUUCAACUCUUAGGUGGCCGGAUUCGUGAUCUUAAGGAAUAUGGUAAUAUGAUAAAUAGAGGCGAGACAUUCGAAG